UUCUAGAAAACCAGGUCUCCGAAGGCCUAGCAGCAAAAACCAUUGUCAUAUUCGGAAUCAGCAUAGUCGAUAACCUAUUCUCCACUAGAUUUCAACAAAAAAGCGAGCGGACACUUGGGGCAGUUCCUUCGUUAGUUUUAUUUAAAAUCUUAUUUAACCGAUACUUCUAAAAUUUUAGAAUCUAGAAUCUGUUAUAUUUAUAUCGUAAUUACAUUAACGAGAACGAUUUUACAGAUAUCGAGAGAUCUGUACCUCCUAGAGUCUGUCGAAUAAUUGAAAACUUCAAUAGUGAAAUUUGUUAAUUGAUUUUAGAUGUUUAGUUUGAUGAACAAAUGCUGUGAUAUGCUCAAUAAACGUCUCUUAGAGUAUGCUGAUAAACAUGAAAUGUUUGAAACUAAAGAGUAGGAUCAGAUCUUUCUUUUCUACUUUGACAUUGAUUUGACUAUUUUCAUAGAUUAAUGAGUGCAUUUACAAUAGACAAUAUUGCUUCGUGUCUGUUUGGCGUUGAAAUAAAUUCACUUAACAAGGAAAACUCGGUGUUAGUCAAACAUUUGAAGACAUUUUUCGACGUAUCAUUUGCAAACCUUUUCGUAAUCGCUUUUUGUACGUCCUAGUCCUCAUAAUUUUUCACAUCUACUCAGUGAUCAUGUUUUUUGUUUAGUUUUUGCACCUCGUCUCGCAUCAUAUCUGGGCAGAAAAGGCUUUACGAUCACUCCAAAAGCAUCGAAUGAUUAUAUUAUCAACCUUAUACAUCAGAUUCUCGAUCAGAGACGACAACAUAUUGAAAGACGCAAUGAUUUUAUUCAAAUAAUGGUUGAUCACGAAGAAAACAUAGAGAAAGAAGUACAGGAGAAAUCAGAAAAUGAUAAGACAUCCACAUAUCAAUGGAAUAAUUUGAAAAAAACUUUGACUGAUAAAGAAAUCGUUGGACAAGCAAUAGUGUUUUUUGUAGCUGGCUAUGAAACAACAUCGGUAUUAUUAUCAUUUUUCAUGUAUGUGAUGGCUAUUCAUCCAGAAAUACAGGAAAAAGUUCAUGAUGAAAUACGAACAGUUAUCGGCGAUGAUGAGGUGACGCAUGAACGAGUGAACGAGUUGCCUUAUUUAGAUAUGGUAUUAAAUGAGACAAUGAGAAUAUAUCCACCAGUAAUGAGAUUUGAUCGUGUAGCAUCGUCUGCGUACCAACUCAAUGACUAUCAAUUGCCAGCUGGGCAAAUAAUUGGCGUACCGAUUUAUCCUAUACAUCACGAUCCUAAGACGUGGCCCAAUCCUGAGCAGUUUAUACCAGAAAGAUUUUCUGCAGAUGAGAAAGCAAAGCGGCAUCCAAUGAGUUUCUUGCCAUUUGGAGACGGACCACGAAGCUGCAUUGGAAUGAGAUUCGCGCUUCAAGAAGCAAAAGUAGCCAUUGUCAGAGCACUACGGGUAGUUGAAAUUGAACGAUGUGAAAAAACAGAGAUACCAUUGCAAUUGAGUAAACUUAGCAUAAUGUCGGCUAAAAACGGUAUUUGGUUGCGUGUAUCACGACGCUCACAGUGA